UUAUUUGUUUUAAUAUCAUAGAGUAUUCUGUUCGUGCGACCUGUCGAAGCAAUACCAAUACCGACGAAUCUUUAAGUUAAUUUGUUCUGCGUAAAUUGUUUAUGCAUUUUAUGUAAUACCAGUCAUAGUUUUUGGCCAGAGGUUUCGAAAUGGCUUCUUCAAUACAGUGCGUUACAAGCGCUACCCGUGUUUUGCGAUUACUUACUGUAACGUCAAGUUUAAAUAAAACAAAUUGUUGCAAUGCAAAAAAAUCACUAAAUGCCAGCAUUGCUUUUCCCAUGCAGGCAGAAGGAAGUACAACGGCAUCAAAAGCGCUUGAAUAUGCGUUAACAAACAAUAAAGAAAUUUUGUCUUUGGUUCCAAACUUUGGGCAUUCCACUCUUUUAAAAAGCCGAUUGAAUUACAUUUCGAAACCGAAUUACAGAUACUUUUCAAGUUUACAGAAGACAAACUCGAGUAACAAGUCUGCUAUAAUCACUGAUCAAAAGACAAUGGUGCCUUGGAAUUGUCGUUAUCUUUCAUCCAAAGAGGUCACGAAAAAUAUGACAUUGUUCACUAAUGAACCAUUUAAGGGUGAAGUGGAUCCAAAAACUUUAAAAAUCAAACAGUCUUCUGGGAAUCCACUUGUUUUAAUGAUGGCGUGGCUAAUGGCUAAGCAAAAACAUUUGAAGAAAUAUGCUCAAAUUUACACUGAAAUGGGAUUCGAUGUUAUGAUCGUACAUGUGACGCCAUGGCAACUUCUUUGGCCCGUUAAAGGAACACAAGUUGUAGCUGCAGAUACUCUUAAAUUUUUGGAAAAUAACGGAUCAUAUACGCCAAUUGUUGUUCAUGGCUUUUCUGUGGGCGCUUAUCAACUCGGAGAAGUGAUGUUACAAAUGUCUCGUAAUAAAGAACGAUAUGCAGGAAUAUUAGACAGAAUUGUCUGUCAAAUUUGGGACAGCGCUGCUGAUAUUACAGAAAUCCCUGUUGGAGUGCCGAAGUCGCUUUUUCCUAAAAAUCCACGUAUGCAAAGCGCUUUACGUAAUUACAUCCUUUACCAUAUGAAAACAUUCCAUAAUCAAGCCACUAUCCAUUAUAUGCGAUCCAGUCAAAUGUUUCACUCUACUUUAAUUAAACAACCAGCAUUGUUUUUUGUAUCAGAAAAUGAUAAUAUUGGACCACCAUCGUCGAACCACGCAGUACGUGAAAAUUGGGAACGUGCUAAUAUAAAAUGUACUUUUAAGUGUUGGGAGCAUUCGCAACAUGCAGCACAUUUUAUUAAGCAUCGUGAGGAAUACUUAGGGUGUCUAUUAAAGCAUCUUGAAAGUUCUGGUGCGAUCGACAGUAUCGGCUUAAAAACACGUGCAAAAUUGUAAUUACAAAAUUAAACAAGUGAAAUUAACGAAUUUUAAAAAAUAAAAAUCAAGAUUAAACUUUGAUAAGGACAAA